AAGGAGGACAUUCCUACAGAGACAGAUGUGAGGGGCGAUGAGGAAUACAAGGAGGAGAUUCCUACAGAGACAGAUGUGAGGGGUGAUGACCAGUGUGAGGAGGACAGUCCUACAGAUCAGAGCCCAGGUCAUCGGCGGCACAUUUACACGGGCAGAUUGUCGUGAACGAGCGUUCGCAGAUGACUGUACUGGGAGCUCGGAGGGACAAUUGAUAUCUACAGAUUAUAAUGCAGAUGAUCCAGGUGUCACAUCAGAUACGUAUGAAGAUUGUGCCAUUAUCCCAGAUGUACCAUCCACCCUUCACAGCAAAACUCUGUCCUCUGACCCUUUAAAACAAAUCCGAUCUUCUGAUUCAUCACAGACAGUUAACCAGAAUGCAAUCCACAAAAGGGGUGAGGGAGCCCUAAGAGCUCAGAAAGGAAAGAAGUCAUAUCCAUGUUCAGAAUGUGGGAAAUGUUUUACUCAGAAAUCAGACCUUAAGAGGCAUCAGAGAGUUCACACGGGAGAGAAGCCGUAUUCAUGUUCAGAAUGUGGGAAAUGUUUUACUCAGAAAUCAGAACUUAAGAAGCAUCAGCAAGUUCACACGGGAGAGAAGCCGUAUCCAUGUUCAGAAUGUGGGAAAUGUUUUGCUCAUAAAUCAAAUCUUCAGAAACAUCAGACAGUUCACACAAAGGAGAAGCCGUAUUCAUGUUCAGAAUGUGGGAAAUGUUUUACUCAGAAAUCAUAUCUUGAGAGUCAUCAGAGAAUUCACACAGGAGAGAAGCCGUAUUUAUGUUUAAAAUGUGGGAAAUGUUUUACUCAUAAAUCAAAUUUUCAGAAACAUCAGACAGUUCACACAAAGGAGAAGCCGUAUUCAUGUUCAGAAUGUGGGAAAUGUUUUACUCAGAAAUCAUAUCUUGAGAGUCAUCAGAGAAUUCACACAGGAGAGAAGCCGUAUUCAUGUUUAAAAUGUGGGAAAUGUUUUACUCAUAAAUCAAAUCUUCCGAAACAUCAGAAAGUUCACACAAAGGAGAAGCCGUAUUCAUGUUCAGAAUGUGGGAAAUGUUUUACUCAGAAAUCACAUCUUGAGAGACAUCAGCAAAUUUGCACAAAGAAGAAGCCGUAUUCAUGUUAAGGGUGUGACUGAUAUUUCGUUAGAAAAUCAGAUCUUCAACAUCAAAGAUGUCACAUGG